AUGGUCUCGUUCAAGUCGUCAUCGAUCCAGAUACCCCAGAAGCAUUUGCAACUGCAGAUAAAGCACGUUCAGAAUAUGACGUUGAGUUCAAAGUAUUUGCAGGCCCAGCAAAAGAUCCUAAAGGCCGUAUUGUUGCACUUCGUGUACCAGGAGCAGGUUCACUGCCACGUAGCCAAAUUGAUGAAUACACUAAAUUCGUUGGAAUUUAUGGUGCGAAAGGCUUGGCUUAUAUUAAAGUCAAUGAACUUGAAAAAGCGUGUUGGUGCUGAAAACGGUGACAUCGUAUUCUUUGGUGCAGAUAAAGCCAAAGUUGUAAAUGAUGCAAUUGGUGCUUUACGUAUCAAGAUCGGUCAUGACAUGAACAUGUCAACAACCGAGUGGGCACCACUUUGGGUGGUUGACUUCCCAAUGUUCGAAGAAACUGAUGAUGGUAAAUGGACGUCUGUUCACCACCCAUUCACACUUCCAAAAUCAAGUGUUGAAGAAGUGAAAAGUAAUCCUGGUGCAGCACUUUCUGUUGCUUACGAUAUGGUAUUGAAUGGUACUGAAAUCGGUGGUGGUUCAUUGCGUAUCUACACUUUAGAAAUGCAAAAAGCCAUUUUUGAAGCUUUAGGUAUUGGCGAAGAAGAAGCUGAAGAAAAAUUCAGUUUCUUAUUAAAUGCUUUAAAAUUCGGUGCACCUCCUCAUGGUGGUUUAGCAUUCGGUCUAGACCGUUUAGUGAUGUUGAUGACAGGUUCAUCGUCUAUCCGUGACGUGAUUGCUUUCCCGAAAACUAAAACUGCUGAGUGUCCAUUAACUCAAGCACCAGCACCAGUUGAACCAAAUCAAUUGCGUGACUUGGGUAUUCGUUUACGCGAAAAACCGAAAGCUGAAGAAGCUAAAUAA